AUAUCUCCUCUUUUCUCCUCUUGGAUGGCACAACUGCAAAGGAGUGAAGCCAAGAGGUAGCCGUGCCCUGCAACGGGAUGACCACAGGUUUGCCCCCAGUGCAGGAAGAUGACUUUCCUCCACGAUGACUGCUAUUUCCCCCACGGUUACAGGGGCCUCCACAGCUACCGGGGCUAUGACUACAGCGGCCCCUACUACUACAGGGGCCUUGGCGGCCUCUAUGACUUUGGGGACCGCUAUGGCCACGAUGGUCUGUACGGUCACUGGGGCUUCUAUGGCUCUAGGGACCACUAUGGCUUUGGAGGUCUGAAUGGUGGUUAUAGGGGCCUGUAUGGAGACUGCUAUGGCUACCCAGGCUUGUACAGCAGCCGCUACGGUCACCACUUUGGUUCACGAUAUGGUCAUCGAUACGGCUAUGGGAGCUGGUAAACCCAGCAGGAACGGUGCUGAAAUGAGGAUCAACCCCAGUCUGGACUGAUGGCGAAUCUGGGCAGCAUCUUUCUGAUGCACAGAGCCCAGUGACAGCAGCUUCCCUCUGCGGAGGCAUUGAGGCUCUGCUCUACUGCCCAAGUGCUCGAAAUGAUUGAUCUUUUCCUGCUCUAUUUGCUCUCUUGCCUCCCAAACUCUCCUCUUCAUCUACUGCUGGAACCGAAAGCUUGCUUAUCCUCAGCACCUGUUCUGUGCAAACUCCACAAACGCUGCUGGAGUGUCUGGCUUUUGUGUUUGUUGCGGUGAUGUACAAAACAUGCUCUGAAUGAAUGGUACAGGCACGGUGUACCGUGUCUUGGGGAAUGUAGUCUUUCUGUUCUGUACGCCUUCAGGAGUACAUCUGCCUUUCAUAUUAAAAGCUACG